AUGCACUGUUCACAGCCACCCAAGGGCACUGCUGCCCUCCAAGCCCUGACAUCAUCAGCCAAGCGCAAGCCAGCGGAGCGACCUGCCCAUGACGGGAACACUGGUAUCCAGGGCCAUUGGAUGGUGGGUGAACAGCUGAGAAGUCGGCUGCUGAGGAGAGGAAGCCUGAAGCCCAGAAGGCUGAAGAGGGGCGAGGUUGAGAAGGCCAAGGCUGACGGGACGCCCACCAAGGCUUCCCGGGAAGCCCCAGCAAGUUCCCUGCGUAGGACACAGCAGAAGUGCCAGGGCCGCCCCACCCCAAUCAGCGACGGUGGUGUGACGGCCCCGGCACACGGACAGAAGCAGAUGCGCCAGCCGGGGACGGGCGCUGGCCGCGUGGCGGCGGGUGGCGAGAGUCAGAGACGCAGCUCUCUUCCAGAAGUCCAGGGCCAUGGAGCGCGUCUCCUUCGAAAGGUGCGGGCAGCCCACAGCAAUGAGCUGCGGGCACUGGUCAGCCUGGCGGUGACGCCCCUCAGGCCUGGGCCUCUGCUUACUCCAGAAGUGUUCGGAUCUGGAUGGAAUUCUGGAGGCAGAGGUACAAUCAGAUCAGCUGUGAACAGCUUACAUAGCAAAUCUAAUAGAGCUGAAGUUGUAAUAAAUGGCUCCUCAUCGCCAGCUGUUGUUGACAGAAGUAAUGAGAGCAUGAAGCACAACAUCCAGCCGGCCUCUGCCAAGUGGAGACACAACCAGACUCUCUCUCUGAGGAUCAGGAAGCAAAUCCUGAAGUUUCUGGAUGCCGAGAAGGACAUCUCUGUCCUCAAGGGGACCCUGAAGCCCGGCGACAUCAUUCACUACAUCUUCGACCGAGACAGCACCAUGAACGUGUCCCAGAACCUCUAUGAGCUGCUGCCCCGGACCUCGCCGCUGAAGAACAAGCACUUCGCCACCUGCGCCAUCGUGGGCAAUUCGGGGGUGCUGCUCAACAGCGGCUGUGGCCCCGAGAUCGACACGCACAGCUUCGUCAUAAGGUGCAACCUGGCGCCCGUGCAGGAGUACGCCCGGGACGUGGGGCUCAAGACAGACCUGGUGACCAUGAACCCGUCGGUCAUCCAGAGGGCCUUCGAGGACCUGGUGAACGCCACGUGGCGGGAGAAGCUGCUGCAGCGGCUGCACAGCCUCAACGGCAGCAUCCUGUGGAUCCCCGCCUUCAUGGCCAGGGGCGGCAAGGAGCGCGUCGAGUGGGUCAACGCGCUCAUCCUGAAGCACCGCGUCAACGUGCGCACCGCCUACCCAUCUCUGCGCCUGCUGCACGCCGUCCGCGGGUACUGGCUGACCAACAAGGUCCACAUCAAAAGACCCACCACCGGCCUCUUGAUGUACACCCUGGCCACGCGUUUCUGCAACCAGAUCUACCUCUACGGCUUCUGGCCCUUCCCGCUGGAUCAGAACCAGAACCCCGUCAAGUACCAUUAUUACGACAGCCUCAAGUACGGCUACACCUCCCAGGCCAGCCCGCACACCAUGCCCUUGGAGUUCAAGGCCCUCAAGAGCCUGCACGAGCAGGGGGCCUUGAAACUGACUGUGGGCCAGUGUGACGGGGCCACGUAA